UAAGCGAAAGCUUCUUCUAUUCCGUCCACAACCAUUUGAACCAUUUGAACCAUUUGAUAUGACAACGGGAAUAGGUUUAGCUUAACCAGUAGAGCGUGAUGCGGAAGCAUCGCUAUUCUGAGAAUCCAAACAAAUUUGAGCCUAACGUACUUUUUUUUACGGGUCAAGACAACUCAGAGGACAUGACAGACGAGUAGAAAAGACGAAAUAUCUAUGGUAUGUGAUUUUUCCAGCUCUUGGAACCUGGUACUUGAAUAAACGGUGUCUGCGGUAAAUAUAAAUAUUUCCGCGUGACCUACGUGAAGGUCAUACCUUGGGAUAAUGCCAAUCGUGUCUAUCUCUCAAUCGGUUUUAUUCCGCAAACUUCAAAAGGAAUAUUCACAAGAAGAAUUUGAAGAAUUAUGCUUCAGUUAUGGUCUCGAACUGGACGAAGUUGUAACGGAAAAAGAACUAGUUACUAGAGAAAAGGGAAAGGAAAAGUCUAGAGGGUGUAGUAUCGAGCCGGUUUAUAAGGUUGAAAUACCUGCUAAUCGUUAUGAUUUACUUUGUCCUGAGGGUUUAUCUCGAGCUCUUAUGAUAUUUGAAUCAAAGAUUAAGCCUCCGGUUUUUAUCACCAAGAAACCUCAAAAUCUAAUUCAGUUGCAUGUUUUGCCGUCGACCCAAAGUGUUAGACCUUUUGUCGUUGCUGGUGUAUUAAGAAACAUCGUGCUGGAUGAGUCUAGGCUCAAUAGUUUCAUCGAUUUACAAGAGAAGCUCCAUCAAAAUUUGUGCAGAAAACGAUCUUUAGUGGCCAUUGGAGCGCAUGAUUUGGACACUUUAAAUCCACCUUUCUUCUAUGAUGCUAAAUGUCCUAAAGAUAUUCGCUUUAAAGCGUUGAACAAAACUGAAGAGCAUAGUGCUGAAGAACUAAUGCAAAUAUUUUCUAGUGAUUCACAUUUAAAACAAUAUCUCUCAUUAAUUCAAGAUAAACCUAAAUAUCCAAUUAUUUUCGACAGUUCCAAUACUGUUCUAUCAAUGCCUCCAAUAAUAAACGGUGAACAUUCUCGUAUUUCUACUAAAACACGAAACGUUUUUAUUGAAGCAACUGGAACUGAUUUACACAAAGCUAUUGUUGUUCUCGAUACACUUAUCACAAUGUUCUCAGAGUAUUGUGAGGAACCAUUUACCGCUGAAUCUGUCGAAGUUAUUCAACAUGAUGGCAGUCGUUUUUUAUAUCCACGUCUAGAUUAUCGUGAUGAAGUUGUCAGUAUUGAUUAUAUCAAUCGUCAAUUAGGUACUAAUAUUUCUGAAACAGAAGUGAUCAAUUUAUUAAAUCGUAUGGGUUUCACUUGUACAACUGUAUCGUCGAAUCAAUGUAAAGAUUCAACAGGUCAAAAUGCAACUGGUCUAAUCUCUGUAAGAAUACCACCUACAAGGCAUGAUAUUUUACAUGCAUGUGAUAUAGCUGAAGAUGUUGGGAUUGCAUUCGGUUAUGAUAAUAUACCUGAAUGUUUACCACAAACCUAUUGUGUAGCUGGUAAUCAACCAAUCAGUCGGUUGACAGAUCUUAUUCGUGCUGAAAUAGCUCAAAUGGGAUUUACUGAAGCAUUAAGUUUCUCAUUAUGCUCCAGGGAAGAUAUCAGUACUAAACUGAGGCAAAAAUUAGAUGAUAUCCCAGCUGUACACAUAUCUAAUCCUAAAACGCUUGAUUUUCAAGUUGUCAGAACCAGUUUAUUACCAGGAUUGUUGAAUACAUUAGCCAGUAAUAAAAGUUUACCAUUACCUUUGAAAUUAUUUGAAGUUCAAGAUAUUGUACUGAAAAAUCCAUCUAAAGGUAAGAAUAUAUAUACAUAUAUACUACUGUUUAUUUCUGGGAGUAACCUUAGUUAAAAAAGGAUUGGUCAGCUGUUUCCUCUCAGAAUGAGACUCUUUAACACCGUACAACUACAACCGAGCAUAUGAAUAAUCGAACCCAAAACUAUUUAUUAUUGCGUAACUACAGUUAGUUUGUCAUAUAAACUAUAAAAUGGAACAGUCUCCACAAACCCUUUGUAUUAAAUAUCAAUUAUAGUAGUUGGUUAAGUGUUGAAUGAUUCACUAAAGUUAAAGUCUAUAUAGACUAUUCUAUUUUCAGUUGUAUAUCUUAAUAGUAUAAUUCUUACUGUAAGAUGUUUUGAGUUUGAGCUUGUUUGUUGUAUCUUUAGUGACCCGAUAUCUGACUCCAGUUAGAUCGUAUGAUUGUUUGUCAGUCAGUCAGCUACAACGUAGGACCAGGCACAUAUGUGCAUCGGUCCAGGUU